AUGGCGGAUAAUCAUUCUUUGGGCUCACAUCAAAGUGUUAACACUGUUUGGAAAAGGAAGUUUUUGACGCUUCAGAGACGAUGCGAACAAAUAGAACAGGAAAAUGAAAGGGUGUUGAACCGUUUGUAUCAUGUCAAUCAGCUCCUACGAAGAUAUCGUCGCCAGAGAAGAUUGAUAAGAGAGAAACUUGAUGAGUACAAGGAUGACUAUCAGAAUGCUCAGCCUCCAUUACAGUCUCAGCUUAUGGCAGAGAUUGUGUCUGAAAGUUUACCAGCAUUUCUUGCCUUGAGUGGAAGUGUUGCCAUAUCACCUGGACACACUAGCAAUGUCACAACGUAUUCUMAAAAAAAAAACAAAAGUCGUAACAGCGCUAAACAUGAGAAAGAACGAGAUCCCAACGCCCCAAAGAAACCUGCCAAUGCAUUCUUCAUGUUUUGCCAACAACAAAGAAAUGUUAUGCAUGAGGACCAAAGAGAUGCUACUAUGGGCCAUCAUGAAUUGACUAAAACAUUAGCCAAGGAAUGGAAUAAUUUAAUUGAAGAUGAAAAGAAGGUUUAUUAUGAGAUGUAUGAAAGAGACAAAGAAAGGUACGAACAAGAAAUGAAAAAGUAUACAUCUGACAGAGGUGCGACCAAGAAAGAACCGUGGACAGGCAAAAAACAAAAGCAACUCAAGUCCCAGAAAACCAAACCUUCUGCUCUUGAGAAGACCAGUGUACCGACCCCAUCGGGUGUUGAGUCUCGUUCCAGUAUUGCUGUGUCUCCAACUUUAAACCCUUUGUCACCUCAGAGUCUAAUACCCGUCUCAUUUAACCUUCCUUUGAUCCCAUCACCUACAUUACCGCAAACAGACAAAGAUGACUUUCGAGAUUUCAGCCACCUCUCUUCACUGAACAAUGAUUCUUACAUGGAAACAUGAAAUGUCAUGAUCUAGAAUGACGUAACUACUAUAUCAAAUAUCAUUUUUAAGUGUCAAAAGCCCAUUUUUUCGUUUGCUUGUUUUUGUUUGCUGGUUGGUUGUUGUUGUUUUUAAUGUUCUUGAUUUUUCUUUCUUUUCUUUUGCUGUUUUAAUCUUUGCGUUCAACAUGGGUGUUUUCAGUAAAGCAGUUGUAGGCUAUUACCGAAGACAUCAGCACGAUCUUUAGAUGGAGUGAACGCACUUUUAAAAUCCGUGAAAUUUAACUAGCCCCCUUAUUACUAUUUUUUACAAUUUAGUUAAUGCUGUUCAAAAAGAACAAUGGUAAUUCAAAGUCUUUAGUUACAGAUUUAGUGCAAAUUUAUGGUAUUUUGAUUUCGUUCAAUGUCAGGUAUUAAAUGCUUAUCACUCUACCAAAUUUUACAGGUUGUGGGCUUUCUGCACGGAAUCCUCUGUUCGUUUACGCAUGUGUGGGCGUUUUUGAUCAACGUCAAAAACUUGUAAAUCGACUGACGAAUAUUCAGCGAGUUGAAGCGUGUAACAUUUUCGUCGUCAGUUAUUAGCGAAAAACCUAAUCACAUGCAGCUCGAACCAAGAAACACUUUAAUUCAUAGCUUUGAUAUAAUGUUGAUAUAAUAUCGAGGAGAAUUUAUUCUAGGUUGGAGUGUCGCUUUACUAUCAACUGGCAACCCAUAUCGUGAAAGAUUAUCAAAUCUUUUUAGGGUUCCUUUUGUGAAAUUUAGUAGAAAGAAGAGCGCAAAGCAAUGUUGCAGUAUCUGAAAUAAUAAUACCAAAAAUAAUAGCUGGUUUAAUAAUAAUCACAAAUAUCUCCAACUUUUUUUGCAAAACUUGUAAAGUGUAUUUAGCAAGUAUGUUAAUAAAGCGCAUUGAAGUGUCU